GAACAUUAGAAACAUUAAGAACAUUAAAUACUAUACAAAUUUCAUUGGUGUCUAAAUGGAGAUCUCGCUCUUCUCCUCCGUCUUAUGCUGCAAAUCAACCUUCUAUAACACCAAAUUCUCCACGUCAAACAAGGGUAGACCAGAUCGUUCAGAACUUUUAUACAAAAGUUACUCAAGUAGUCACCCAUGCGCGUCUUAUACAAUACGAUAGCCAGAUAAGCGGAAGAGGUCCACAAAAUGCCAACAUAGUUUUACCCUCACGCCAACCUAUACAUCCUAGGAGGCCCAACAAGUGGUUUAAUCUGGAACUAUGGGAUUCGGAUGUUUACAAAGAUGGUCUUAAAUCUUGGCGUCAGGCAUCCCAAGCAUCAACAGGAACCGUACCACUUCCUAUGAUAAUCGAGUUUUUUCUGGAUGUUUCAGAUUUAAAUAAAAAUCAAACACUCUUUAUAACCGAUGAGAUUUUAAGGAGGCAAAAAGUUGAUUUGUAUAACAUAGGUGGAUCUAGUAAAUCCUCAAAAAAUAUUGUGUUGGAAAGUUGGCAAUUGACUUUAAGCCAUCCUUUACCUGAUCCACUACCAGACUUACCUGUUGUCUAUAAAAAACGAAUAAAAAAAAAGAAAUUGAGCAGUGCUUUGAAAAUUGGUUAUAGGUUCGUAUUGCCAACUAGCAGAAUUCACGAUUAUAUUGGUAUAGAUGUGCCUAUAAUAGAGGGAGAGUCAAGACCAACAUCUGCUGAUUAUAAAUUUAAUUCUAUUGAUACGCCUUUGGGAGUAUUAUCAUUAAAAGUCAACUACAGGACAAAUUGUGAAUUCCAUGUUGAUGAUUCUUCGGAGGUGCUUAUUGAUAUGGAUGAAAACUAUUUUACGCCAACAUUGGCUAAUUACUACCAACCAGAAGAACAAAGGCAACAGGAUAAGUCAGAAAGGCGAAAAAGCGUUCCUACCACGAUGAAGACACCUCCCUCUGGUUUUCCACAUCCAGGGUCUUCACCUAAACACACAAAUAGCCAAUUAACUGUUGACAUUCCACCAAUUCGAACACUUAGUCCAUCUAGGUCAAAUCCUGAAAUGAAAGAAAACUCUAGUCUUACAUUUCCCAAAUUUUAUACCCAAUCUAGUUCGUCGACUCUCGGAUCAAAUUUUUCAAGGCGUGGAUCUCACACUUUAGAACCUAUUAUGCAACGUGAAUACUCGUCAUUUUAUUCACCAACAGGUCCAAAUGUCACAUUAGUGAAGCCUUUUAAAUCUCCGUCACUUUCCUCUUCCCCAGUAAAUCAUGAUAUGAUGCCUCCGUCUCCAACGCUACUCGAUCGAAUGUCUACUUUACAUCUACAUCGAUCACCUUCACAACUUUCUUUUCAACAGCGAGGUACACCAACCAUGUCUUCUUCUGUGAAAUCAACUUCUUCUGCUGGAAGCCUUCCCAAAUUUUCCUCUAGCUUCACCAGUUUCACUAACCGGUAUGAUAAGGUCACCAGCUCAACCACAAGGGAACGUGAUGGGAGUUAUAGUAGUCGACGACGUUCAACAAAUAGGAGUGACGGUUCUACCAGUGACAGAGGAUCCCUUAAUUCAUCUUUCUUUUCAUUAGAUCCGGAGGAUGACGUAGGCGAAUUUGUACGGAUGUUGGAAAGACGAGAACCAUUAAAAAUGUUUAGCAAAAGUCCAACUGGCUCGGACGAUGCCGAUGGUUCAGCUCGUAAUCUAUCCGGCUCUGUAUAUCGAACCCAGUUACAAUUGUCGCGAUUUCAAAAGUUGAAAGAGGCACACAAAAAUUUGUCAGAAUCAAUGAUGACAGGUACAGGUGAUAUUAUUACUGGUUCUCCUUCAUCAGGUAUUUCUCUACGUGUUCAUCAAGCAAAGGAGGAUGAUGAUGAUAUUUUUUUUACAAUGAGCGAAUUUUCUGAUGAUAAGACUAAUAGCGCUGUGAAUAAUGUUUCUGGUCCAACUCCUGGUAGUUCCGAUGUGCUUGUUGAUCAACCAGCUGUUGUUAAUAAUAAUACCAGCAAUGUAACCGAUGUUACAAUUGUUGUCAAUGAUGCCAAUCAGAACAGUUAA